AUGUUUUCCUCUUCCGUUCGAAGAGCUGUUUUAACAGCACCGCCACUACCGAUAAUCCUACCUGUCUAUAAUGUCGCACCACGAGCUGCUACUUCUCAAGCCCUUUCAUUCCGUUCUCAUCAACGGAGAUUAUCCUCCUCCUCUUCGUCGAAACCUUCCAGUCCGGCAGAUGGAUCAAAGGGAGUAGCAGAGGGGCAGGCGGUUCCUGCAUCUCCAUCACAAGCAAGACCUGAUGGCGAGAAGAAAGCUGUGAAAGCGGGGAGAAGAAAGGCAAAGGAUGCUUCACCCGGGUCUGCGAACAAAGCCGACACGAUGCACAAUCUACCCAGUGUACCUAGUACCAGUCAUAUUGCGCCGAAUCAAAUUGCCGCAUCCGCAUUCUUCUCCCUACACAGACCUAUAUCCCUCACUAUGAACUUCCCUAAAGCCGUUACCGACGAAGCGUUCGCCGCUAUCUUUGCUCCACGAACACGAUCCAAUAAAUCGCAAGAUGUGAUAGCUACCCUAUCAAAUACACUUCAAACACUUGACUCUGCCACAGGGUCCCUCAAACAACUUAAUAUCCAAGAUCAAUGGAACGAAGAGACAGAUGAACUCCGCGCCGGGAUCACCGCCGACUCCUACCGCGUUCAACAUCUUGACAACGCCAACGAACUACCCCGCUCUAUGUUCGCCCGCAAAUACACACCCUUUUCCCCUCCCCCCGCGCCCGUCCCAAUGAGUACAGAGGAAUCUCUUGCAGCAGGCGCAGAAGCCGCCGCUGAACAAGCAGAAGCGCAUCUCCCCCAGCAACGUACCUACCACACCCUCCUCGCCAUCACCGAAUUCACGGAUUCAGCCGGUGAAGUAACAUAUACAGCCGAAAGCGGCCCUAUAGUAUCCGAAGAUCCACCCAGAAGUUAUCUAGAGCGUUCUAGAAUGCGUCGCCGGGAGAGAGCGACAAUGUGGGCUAUCAGUGUGAAGAGACAGCGGAAAUUAAAGAUGAAGAAACACAAGUAUAAGAAGUUGAUGCGUCGGACGAGAAAUUUGAGACGAAGAUUAGAUCGUAAUUAG